GUCUGUCUGUCUGUCUGUCUGGUUGGGGUGGGGGUCAGUUGGUGCUCCGACGCGUUUCCUUCUCGCCUGGUUCAAGCUCAGGGCUUGCGAUAUCGAUCGGCCCGCCGCCUGGUUUGCCUCCGGCCGGGCUCGUGAGAAUUCGAUCGUCCUCGGGAGCGCUCGUUUGCGCAGCGUGCGUGGUGGCGAUGGUGGGCUCGUCGUGAGUGCGCAAUUUCGCGACGCGAUUGGAAGGCGGACGCCGAUUGGUGGCUGAUUUUUCCGCAGACGGCAGGGGCGGUGGAAUUCUGGGGUUGCGAGGAGGGACGAUUUUCGGGGGCCCAAGGUCAGCGGAAGGGUGGCGGGGGCCGAAUUGGGGGAUCAGAUGGGCGAUGAGUUUGCGUGAGCGAUUGCGCGAGCAUACGUGAACAGUCUUGCGGGGGCAUCACGCGCGGCGCUGGGGUCGACACCGCUGCUGUUCAUGACACUUGGCAAGUGAGGUGCAGAAUUGUCGCGGUGCGGGCAAUGCCCCGGGGUUACAGCGCUUGAAUCUCAUGGUGUCGUGCCCGGAGCACGGAAACUCGUAAUCAUGGCGAGCGUCGUCGUCGUCGUGAUCAGCAGCCGGGCCUUGAACCUCGUCCGCCUCCGCCUCACAUUUCUGUCUCCGACCCGGGAUCGCCUUUUCAGCUUCUCUUGACGCGUCCGGACCGCGUGGAAUGUCGAGUGGUCGCUCUCUCGCGCAGCCAAGAGCCCGCGCGUGAUAAUGCUCUAGGAUUUCUCGCAGGCGUAUGAGUACGACGAGUACGGCCCCGGCCCGCCGUUCGACCGGUUCGCCCCUUCGUACCGUGCCGCAUUCUCGCCCCGACGAGCUGUCGCCAGUCUGUCGAUUCUCGCUCGCCCUCGGGGUUUCUGCAAUUGGGCCGAGGCUCUCGUCCCGCUGAUCGUUUCUUGAUUCGCGCUCGCCCGCUCCCUCCAUCGCCGCGGGGCCGCGGCAUUCCGACCCUCCUGCGCCUCGCAGCCUCGCCCGGUGAGGGGCGCGCGCCGCACCGAUGGCUUCCGCGAGGGUGUGCAGCUCGGGGGGCAGAAUUCGGGAUUAGCUCGGCGGCGGUGGGCAGGGGGAUUUCGCAGAAUCCUUAUUUUCUCCGUCUGGUGCUCUCGUCGCGGUGAUAUGUGAAGCGGUCAGGAGCAUGGAGGCUGACGCAAGGGUCGGAGGGAAGGUGGAAAUGGCACCACUCCAGCAGCAGGUGCAGGUUCAGAGCGUGGGCGGGGGCGCGGCGUUGGUUUUGACUCCGAGCAUGGACAAUAACCUGCCCCAGCCUCUGUACAUGCUGGGGUCGGGCCAGGUGAUGACAGACGAGCAGCUGGAAACAUUGAGACGGCAGAUUUCUGUAUACUCUACCAUUUGCCAGCAGCUUGUAGAGAUGCACAAAGCGAGUGUCUCAGCGCAGUCUUCUUUAGCUGGCAUUGUGGUAGGCCAGCACCCACUAUCCUAUGACCCACUCAUAGGAACACCCAAUCACAAAACCACCGCAAGGCAGCGGUGGACGCCAAGCCAGAGUCAACUACAAAUUCUUGAGAAGCUCUUUGAUCAAGGCAACGGGACACCCAACAAGCAGCGGAUCAAGGAAAUUACUAUAGAGCUGAGUCAGCAUGGACAAAUUGCCGAAACCAAUGUCUACAACUGGUUCCAAAACAGGAAGGCUAGGGCAAAGAGAAAGCAACAGUUGGUGACACCAACAAAUGGUGAGUCAGAGGAUACAGAUGUCGAUUCUCCGAAGGAGAAAAAACCCAAGGUUGACAAGGAUUCCGGGCAAGAGAAUUCGAACAGUGGGGGAAGAGCAGAUACAACUUCUGAUGGUGGCGGCUUCGAGCAGAAACCGACAAUCAUCGACCAUUAUGAAAGUGCUUCGUCCAGAGCGGCUGGCGGAUAUGCGCAAGGGGGUUCUCAACUUUCUUCACUGCACAACGUUAUGGGCGACGGGGUCGUUGACAUUGUCAGGACGGAGGAAUCCGGUAGGACUCUUCAACCUCUCCAUACGGGGGAGAGAUACAGAUUGAGCACAAGUCUUGUUGAGGGUGUGGGAGGAGCAGCACCGAUGGCGCCCGAAGGCCACACUAUUCAACAUUUAAGCAAUGGUAAGUCUAUCCAGGUUUCUAUCAUGCCCUUGGUUAACUUGGAAUGACUUGGAAGAUUUGAAGGUUGCAUACUCGAAUAGAAGCCACCAGGACUAUUGACAUUGUCUGCCUCGACUCUGUGUGGUACAUGUGUAUGUGUACAGGCCUAGCUAAUGGUACCAUGCUAAGGUCAUGAACACAUCGUGACGGCAGCACAGAUUCGAUGAACAAAGAGUAGCGUUUCCUUCAAAUACACACGCGUGCCCUUUAAAACUGUCAAGUAGUGAAUCUUGGGAAGGGAAGGGUCCAUGCAAACUACCCAUUUUGUCGAACUUAUUUUCAGGUUUCCAGGGGAAACCAUCCUCCAGUAUAGGGUUGGCCUUUCAGCAUUGAUGAUCUUUUAAAUCUUUAAUGCAGGCAAGGAGGGCUUGUAACGUAUACCCACAAUUGGCAGUUGUCAAUAUAGGAUUACUCAGGCUGUAUUUAUUUUAUACGAGCUGGCUGUGUCGUCACCCACAUCAGCCAAUUUAAUGUUAUCUGCAACUUAGGUCUCUUGUCAUGUCAUUACUUCUAAGCCAGUUCCAGGACAAAUUGCAGCCUUAUGCUGGCAAUGUCUUCAUCAUCGAUUCAGUCGGUCUGGCCGUCGAAAGGUUUGGUACAAUUUCAUCGGUAGGUCUUCAUGACAAAGCUUUUUACAGCCUAGCAAAGUCAUUCACAUCAAGCUGAUCCAGAUGGAAAGUGAAAUAGUAAUGAUGGUGUGUUGACCAUUUAACGGAACAGCACGUACGAUUGACACCAGGAAUUGCUGAUUUUGGUGCCACUCUACCUGUCAGUCAUCAUAUUUGGUCGCUCUGCUCAAGGAGGAGCAAUUCUAGUACUUCUGUGUAGAAAGGGACUGAAUUGGACCAAGGCGCUACUAUAUUCCAAGCAGUCUGUGCGUUGUAAGAAUUAUUACUGAUUGCAGAUAUAGGCGUCGUAUAUUGUUAGACCUUUAUAGCGAGUUGAGAACUUCCCUGAUCAAGUCGUUGGGAGACAUGUACUUCAACUGAAUGAUGUCUAUAUGUGAAAAGAAAGUGAACCGUGUCUUC